AUGACAAAGCGUAUGACAUGUAAUUUUACACUAUCAGAAAAGUCAAAUUUACCAAAAAGUCUCAGUGAAAUAUUACAGCAACUGAUCCAUAAUGACUUUAAAAGUGAUAAUAUUAACGUAACUUCUGUGCAAUCAAAAUCAGAAAAUGGGUCUAACAUUUUUUAUAUAAAAGCCAAGCCAAAUGUUGAUGGAAAAGUUAAGCCUAAUAAUUUAUCUAAUAUAAGCUUUGCACAAGAAAAUGAAUAUGAAGAAAACUUUAAAGAUGUUUAUAAGUUUAACGACAUGCGUAUAUUAAAAGCUAAGACGCAUAAGGAAGAAGUGCAAUCUGAUAAUGAUAAUUCAACUGUAAAAAUAGAUUAUGUUCCCAAGUCCAUGGAAUAUAUAAUUCAAUCUGAUAAUACAGUGACAAAGGAAGGAACAGGAAAAAAUAAUGACAAUGACAAUCUGCUUUUAGAAAAUGAAAACAUAAAUUAUCCUGACAUAAUAAUAAAUAAGGCUUAUUUUGGAAAUGCCGACAAAACAGCUGAAGAAUAUGAAGAUACCAAUAAUGUUCUAGAGUUAAGAAAUAAUCCCGAUAAAAGCGAUUAUAAUAAGUUUAAUGUCUUAAAGUUAAAUGAAACUUUUGAGAAAUUAUUUAAAGAAGUAAAUGAAAUCAAAACCUUAUACGAAAAUGAUAAAAUUCCAACAAAAGCAACUGUAAAAAUUGCACCUCUCGCCACAAGAAGAUUCGAUACCUCAAAUCAUAAACCAAUAGCUCUCUUACCAUAUUAUAAUUUUAUUAUGCGAAACGUAAAUGUUAUGCCGCCUAUGAAUCAAAAUUUCUUUCGAAAUCCAUACCGCAAGAAAUACAUUAUAAAUUCACUUACACCUACUAAAAGGGUCAAAUUAUUAAGAAAUUACCUUAUAAGACCUCCGCUACUUUGCUGCGAACACCAUGCCACUAAAAACAAGGAACAAUCUAUAUUAUUC